AUGGUCGCGGAGGAGCUCCUGGAGGACUGUCUCCAGAUCCUCCAGGAUAAAUCCCUUGAUGAAGAAGACCAGGUCGAAAAGAUCGAGGACUUUCUCCGCGAAAAGACCUCCUUAUCGGGAACGUCACUUGAGAAUGCUGUCCUCGAUAUCCUCUGGCGACAUCGAAACCGCACAUUGCCGGAUUCCUCCCCACCACCGGCCCGUCCUACAGUUAUUCGCCGCUCAUCCCCUGCCCCUUGGCAGAUGGCUCGAUCGUCCACACCGUUGUCCCCCCAUUCGAAUUUAGGGACCAGCCCUGGCAGCACAUCAUGGUUACAAAAUUCUCGAAGCGGUCUUCCACGGGCACCUCUAUCCUCUACAGUGUCGCCAUUUACAUCUCCUCGCCCGUCCCCAAGACUCGCUCUUGCUCAGCCCAUUCCGCACUCCCCGAACUUGAACGCGUAUGAAUUCUCAGAUCAAAGCCACCUAUCAGACUUCUAUGGUGAUUUUGGCAAUGAUAGUAAUGUGGACUGGCUGGUGGCCGAUGAUGCGAUGAGCACAACCUCGUCUGCGGGUGGUUUCAGCAUUCACGGCAACCUGAGCGCUACGGCUCCUGAAUUCGUUCCCGAUAUGAGCCCUCACGACAUUCUGCGCACGGUGCUUGGAGACAAACGAUCCAAUGAGGAAAUAGAAACCGCUCUCGAAGAAAACGGGUAUGACCUAGGCGCCACAAUGGCCGCUCUAACCCAAGGAACCGAUGGCGGAUCGGCGUCUAGUAUGCCAGACGACAGCCGUGUUGUCGUAGGAAAGUCCAUGUCAGUGGAAUCUCACAAAGGCACUGCAACUCCCGUUCAAAAUCGUAGUCCGGUGGUUUGCAAGUAUUGGCUAUCCACUGGUCAAUGCCUUCGCGCAGAUUGUCGCUUCAGCCAUGAUCUCACUAGCCAUCUUUGCAAAUACUGGGUAAUGGGAAAUUGCCUAGCUGGCGACGGAUGCCCAUUUUCUCACGACCCCUCUGCACUUGUCGCAAACCUUAGUGUUGACGGCAACCCAUCGGUUACGUCAGCCGGCAUCGCUUUUCAGGUAGAUAAUGCACCAGAUGCGUUUCCUCCGUUGCAAUCGACUCCAGGAGCCACAGAUCAGUGGGGAGGAGGCAAAUAUCCAGGUUAUCUAUUUGGCUUCCCCGGAGGCAAAAAUGCAUCGCACCUUGGAGGCAAACGGAAUGGAAGUAUGACGAGUCUAUCGCGCCCUCACUCACGGCCAGGGAGCCGACAUCAGCACCGAGAACUCAACCCAGCAGCUAUAUCGGUCGAUGACCCGGAUGCCUUCCCUACUCUUGCUGCUGUUAAUGCGAAGAAUUCAGGGAAGAAGAACCACGGGAGAAAGAACCGUGACAAUACUUCAAAUCGGGACAACGUGCCUGCUUCUCUGGCGGAUGUUGUGCGCAUGUCUCCAUCUCCGGCUCCAGGAAAGGGGAAGUCCUCAUCCAAGCAUAGCCGAGAAGGAAAAGGCCGUGAAAAUAGCGCCGCUGCGCAAGCAAUUCCGGCUCCACAGCAUAUUCCUUGGCUUGAAACCGGCUCUCGAACAAACCAACAGUAUAUUAAAUACCGAACCGAGGCGAUCCGCCACGGUACAGUGAGAAAUAAGUUCCUCCAAAGUGCUGCUCAAGCCUGGAACAGAAACGACGCACGAGCCGCUAAGGCUCUGUCUCUACGUGGACAGGCGGAAAAUGAAGCCAUGCGCAAAUGCCAUCGAGAGGCCGCACGACAACUCUACGAAGAGCGCAACAAACAUCUGCUUACUGCUGGCCUGGACGAUGCAUCCGAGGAACUCUACGUCGAUUUACACGGAUUACACCCCGAAGAAGCAAUCGAGUAUCUAGAGAAAAUCCUUCUCCAACACGCUCGAGAAGGCCGGCGAAUCAUCUACGCCAUUACCGGUACAGGACACCACUCCAAGAACGGCAAAGAUAAGAUCGGAAAGGCAGUUAAGGCCUGGCUGAACGAGUGGAAAUAUCUAUUCCGAGAGUUCAGCGUCCCCGGUGAACGAGGUGGGUACGUAGGCGGUAUUUUGGGCAUUGACCCAUCGAGCUAUGAUAAGGCUCUGGCCAAGAGCCUUGAGGAGACUGGUGAUGGAAAUGAAGACGAAGCUGGGAGUCAACCUGUCCUUACGAUGGGCAAGAUCCAGCUCCUCAAACGUGGGGAUAUAGAACCGCCACAGUAA